CAACGAAGACACUGUUUUUUUGAAUUCUUUCCAACCUCUCACUCCCCUCACGGCCGGCCUGUUUGGAACCUCUCUUAUCUGCCCUCCGACUCCUGCUCUCCUACCCACACAGUCUUUAUCUUUUUAAAUAAACAAGAACUAUCCACUUCUCAUCAACUAGAUCCUUCUGUCACCUGAGAACUUGGAACCUGUCUCGUUGUCCUCACGGAACUCAUCCAGCUUCCAAAUCAACCCAUCAUGGGCUCAGAACCCAUCAACUAUCGUCUGGUGUUCUCAAAGUUCCGUGAGAACUAUGGACCAGUGAUUUUCACCCACUAUGUCCUGGCGCCACUGGGCAUCAUUGUCCUCCUCAUAUUCUCCUACCUGACCGACCUGCUCAUCGACCUUCUUCCCUUCACCUUCCCCUCUCAGGCAAUUGCCAUGAUAUUCCUGUUCAUCCUUUUGAUCGUACUCCAUCGAUUCUCUCCUCAUUUCUUAUUCCAUCACGUCCACUCCUUCCUCCAUCCUGCCGCCGAGUUUCUACUCGCAUGCAUGGGUCUAUUCUUCACAUCCUCCUUCAUCUUGAUUCCCCGGCGAGACGUCAUGCCAGGGAAAGAGAUUGGGUUGAUUGCCGCGCUGUUUCUGCCGAGUUUAAUCAUCACAUGGGUGGGCACGGUGAUGAUAGUGAAAGCGAUGGCCUAUGUGUGGCCGCAAGCGAAGGUGGAUGAGCCGGAGGAAGACAACAACGCGGAUGUGCUUGAGUCGGACAGUGAGUCGGGCGAAUCGAGCAAGCGCAACCGAUCACGUAACAACAGUCAGGCCUCCAUCGGCUCCCAAGUUUCCCAUCACCACCACCGUCAUCAUCAUCAUCAUCAUUCCGAUGACUCCGUCCUUGCUUCCGUCGAGGCCGGCCAAUCGGUAGCCCAUCCCGCCCCUCCUCUCACUUCCUCCCCCCGCUCCCCAAACAGUCUCAUCGAACUCCACUCCCCCGGCGAUCCUCCUCCCCCCACCGAAAAAAAUCCUCAAUUGACAUUGGAUAACAAUCUGACCCUGUGUGCGACGGAAGUGGUGGAGGAGGAGAAGGAGAAACCGUCCGACCCUGAAAAGAAAGGAUGGCAUGACAGUCUAGGAAGAUGUACGCGAAGUCUAGCGAAGAUGAAGAAGAAACUGAAGGUAGAGAGGCCGAAUGAGGACUCGACGAUGACGGGGGAAGAGCGACUAGCGCGCCGGCUGGAGGUCUGGUUCGACCCUGCGGUGUACUUGCUAGUCCUGCUGAUCGGGAUCCCGCUGUUCUUUACGCCUGGAGGCGAGCGGCGGACGAUGCCCCUGUUCACCGGGGUGGUCGCGCUGGCCUGGCUGUUCAGCAGACGCUUCGUCUCCGCCCCGUUCCAGAAAGUCUUCCACCCCAUCCUCGUCACUAGCUUCAUCACCGUCUUCGUCGUCUGGGGAUUCGGCGCCAUCAAGGGCCUCACACUCACCCAAGCUCUCAAUCACUAUUCCACGGGGGCUCAGUACUUGAUCCUUUUCCGGAGAAGCGAGGGCUGGGAUGGAAGUUCGCCGAGUGCAGGAGACCUAUUAUCGAGUCUCCUAGUAGGAGGGAUUGUUGCACUAGCCUUCCCAAUGUUCCGAUACCGGGCCGAUCUGUACAACAACUUCUUCCGUCUGUUUGUGGUGGUGAUGCCGAACUGUGCGGUCUCCUUACUGUUCUGGCCUUGGGUGGCCUCGAAGAUGGGGAUGGCCGGGGACCGGGCAAUCACCUUUGCGGCCCGGUUCAUGUCGACGCCGUUUGGGAUCCAAUUCAUUGUCGCCACGGGGGGCGACAACUCUUUAGUCGUCGUCCUCAUCUGUAUCACCGGGAUCUUUGCCGUCAUCGUUAGGGACCCGCUCUUCAAGCUCUGUCGGACUCGCACCACCCCCGGCUCCGAUGAGUACUUCACCAUCGGCUGCACGAUCGGCAUCAUCGCCGCGGCCAUCGGCACCUCUUCCCUCAUGUCUUCCCACUCCCGUGCCGCCGCUACCUCGACCGUCACCUUCGUCGUCUACGGGCUCGCUCUCCUCGCCCUCGUCGCCGUCCCCGCUAUCGCUAACUUCGUCGGAACUCUUGCUGGCCUUUGAACCUUUUCCUUCCUUCCCCCC